AUGGAAUCUGCGAGUACUUUACGGCCUCUCGAUGAAUCGCUACUCCGCGAACUCCCUCAACUCUCUCUCCGUAUCGCCCCUCUACGAGAACCAGUAUCCUCAAGAACCCUAAGCGUCCCAUCGCCCCUCGAACCGAAUGCCAGUGGGGCACGGGACUCGAAUAAUAUAUCGAGCUCAAACAGCAAUAGCGGAAAGAUCCCAGCAAAUGCAAAAGCAGGCCUACCGACAGUCACGGAAUUUCUGAACGCUGCGCGUAUCAGGAAAACCGAACUGUCAGCAGAUUCGCAGUCAAAUGUGGAACGUCCCCCGAGGCCAAUACUUCCUGCUUUUGUGAAUCUCCGUGCCCUAGAAAAGUUUCCGUUCUCGUCAUCCUUCGAUGAUGAUGCCCUCCAAGGGCCCCGCAAGCGUCGGCGUCGAGACCUCCAGGCCGAUUCAUUCAGCGAGCAUCUACAGUUACCUAUUCCCCAGGCCCAGAAAGAGCAGCGGCCUCCUCCAUUUGGGCCAUUUGCUAUUCUGAAUGGAUUAAAUGAGCCUCCGCCCAAUGCUGCCCUUCUUCCACCCAUUGAGGCUGGGUCUAAUAUCUCCCAGCUUUUGACUAAGCCCUCUGGAGGCGAUGCUGGUGUUGACCCUGGGACGCUAGUUCCGGCUCAUGUCGCGAUCUCAGAUGGCCAACCUGCCGAAAGACGAGAUACUAGACUCGAAGAAAUUCUCAGAACAUCUCUCAAUGCGGAUGAAGAAGACGACCAUAAUGAUAAUGAUAAUGUUGAAAGUACUAACCCAGUGGAUCCUGAUGAGAUUUCCCUGGGUGUCCGCGAAGCAGAAAUAUCCAAGAACAGCAAGGCAUUACCACUCCCUCCUGGAGAAGAUGUGCCAAUGUCUCCUAAAUCUCGCGGCCGGUCCCGUAAAAACUUGAGAAAGUGGACGGAAGAAGAGACGACUACUUUACUUCGAGGCGUGGUCAAAUGUGGGAUUGGCAACUGGACUGCCAUUCUUGCUCAACCGGAACUGGAGUUUAAUCAUCGAACUGCCUCGAAUUUGAAAGACAGAUUCCGAGUCUUAUGUCCCUGGGCGUACCGCGCAUCCGAUCCCAACGAAGCUGCGAAACAGCUACGUGACACUCUCGCUAGCGCCCUACUAAAAGCCAAAGUAGAGGGGUCUGACGAAACACCUGGCAAAAUCUACCUCUCUCAUCUAUUGCCCUCCAAUCAAGGCUUCGAGCCAAACUCUGGAGCAGGAAGCCCGGCUCGCAAUCCACACAAACCCUCUAUCUCGAGUACCGUCUCAUCCACGCCCGACACAGAUCCCGGUAGUAGUAGCAUUGCCCAAUCGCAGUCCCCCUCAUCAGGAAAUAGCACACCCGCUCUCUUGAGCAAGUCCAGCACAACCCUCGCAUCACUUGGAAUCCCCGAACCCCACGUCACAAAAUCCAAGCGUCGCUCUCGGCGACCAUUUACAACCGCCGAAGACGAAGCCCUCCUUAAAGGCUACGCAGUACACGGCUUCCAAUGGACCCUAAUCCAGCAAGAUCAGCGACUAAACCUAAGCCACCGCAAAGCGACAGACCUCCGUGACCGCUUCAGAACCAAAUUCCCACACGCCUAUCGCGACGGCGGUUCGGUCAGCGGCAAAGCCCUUACCAACCAAAAUCAAAACCAGGCCCAGGAGUUGGCUGUAGGCGCGUCGACUCCCCGCCCACAUCCUAUCAACACCGAACAAUCCCCAAGCAAGGCUUAUGUUAUUACUCCGGUUCCGACUCCGGUUCCGACUCCGGUUACCACUCCCCGCAACUCGGCGUCGAGGAGGAGUCACGCUGCUACGUCUUCGCAGUCUAAUCUUGCCCAGCUUGAUCCCGCGCUCUUGCCCCCGCCUCCGCAGGGCUUUUUGGAACACUCGAUGUAUCUUCCUCCCGCUGCUGCGGGUGCGCUUUCUUUCUCUUUGGAUGAUGGGUCUGGCGCGGGUGGUUCUUCCGCGGCGGAGACACCGUGGGAAGAUAAUACCCUUGCUCCUAUGAUUUGGGAUGAAUUGACCUAA